AUGCCUGGUCCCUGCGAGGUGUGUUCUUCGGAACCCUCCAAAUACCGUUGUCCAGCAUGCGGACUCAUGAGCUGCUCGCUUGCAUGUACCCAAUCUCAUAAGAUCUAUUGCGCUCCGAAGCCUCAAACAUCGAUCGAGGAACCGACCGAGACAUCAGCCACGAACACCCAACCCCCGGUUAACGGUGAAACCGCCCAAGAUACUGGAAAUGUCCAAGGCCAGCACAAGUCACCUACUGCAACUGGCGCCGUACCCCCGGAGCUCCAGGAUCUUCUUGAUCGCUACCCACAGCUACGCACGCAGUUGCACGAAAUAUACCAAGCGGCACAGGAGGACGAAUGGGUUGAGUGGUACCACCCACCAACUAGAGGACGUCCCUAUGGCCGAGGCAGAGGAGGACCCAACUCGCCGCAGUCGGGGACCAUGGACCGCGGAGAAAGGCUUCAACCGUGCUCUCGACAUGAUUGCGAAGAAGGCACAGAAACAGGUGUGACUGCGGAGGCGUUUAUGCAAUUUUUGACCCUGGUCAAUAAUAAUAGUCCGAGCACUCAGAUGUCGAAUUCGGCAUAA